AUAUAACGACUCAAAGGAAAAAUGGCAAUAAAAUCAAACUUGUCAUUUUGCGUGGUUUUCGUGAACAUGUUGCUCGUACAGUUAAAUCUCAUAUUGAAAAUAUAAUUACUGGAAUCAUUGAAAAUAUAAUUACUGGAAUUAUCGAGAAUCGAAGACAAGAGGAGUUACAGUUUACCGAAGGAAAUGGUGAUAAAAUUUCGUUAAUAAUCUGUAAACAUUUGGAGUUUAAUGAAGCAAAG